UUUGCCAAUUUCUUUUUUAGCUUAGGGUCUUGAAACUGCCAUUUGCUUUGCCUGAAAUUUUACUGCAUUCUUUGCUUGAGUAAUUCUGACUUAUCUUUCAAAUCUCAGACUAAGUAUCACUUUCUUAGCAUUGCCCUGGGCCUCUAAACAAAGUUUGGCUCCCUUUUAUGUUUGUUUCUUUUGUUACUGUGUUUUCCUCUGAGCCCUUAACUUGCAGUUGCACAUUUGUGUGUUUAAAAUGCACCCUCACCAGAUAACAAGCUCCCCAAGUAGGCAUGUCUGUUGUCUUCUCCAGUAUAUGACCUACACUUAGUAUUUGUCUAGCACACAGUAGGUUCUCAGUAGCUGUUUUAGUGAAUAAAGUUGAAUUCACCUUGCCUAAUGGCACUGUAUCAGGCUGACAAUACAAGUUUGUAUAUUGUCCUAAUGUUGAAUCCUUAGACCUGGGAUAAAUGUGUAACAGUGAAAGGUAAUGGGAUGAUUUGUUCCUGCUUCUUAUAGAAUGGCAUAUUGGGUAGUAUUGGGAGCCAUACAUGAGAAUUACAACUGGCCAGGUCCAUGCACUGACACGUGGGUAAUUUCUACUUUGCCUUACAAGAUAGAAAAACAAUGAAUAUAGUUAGGCAGCUUUUCAAUCUGUUUAGAACUAGGAAAAAAAAGUUCAAGUCCUUAGAAGAGUUCUUAUCUAUUUAUAUAUUGCUUUUGAGUCUGUUCAAAUUGUUAUAUACCAUGAGUCAUUGCUUAGUAGCUUUUUGGCCAAUAGGAUUUCAGUAUGCAGUCCACUAAUAUAAACCCUUGGAUUGGCUUAACUACCUCUGAUGUCAUAAUUUCCCCAUUAGGAUGUCAUAAUUUUCUUGAAGUCAUAUUCUACUAAUAACAACUCUUGUUAUUCUGUUUCUUUAUAAGAAAGAUGAUCUACCAAAAAUAAAAAUGCUGGAAGGAACAAGGUAUCUUUGAUCCACAUAGACCUUUUCCAUUUAUGUGCUUUAAUUACCUUCUGCCAGCAACUGAGCUAGUUUGUUUUGUUUUACAGUUAAUGUCUUGUUUUUCAUGUUUGUCAGUUAAUAUGCAAACAGAGGAAUGAACCUACUUAGAAUUACUCCUUCAACUCACAGUUCUGUUUCAUCUCGACUAUUGAGGCUUAGCAUCUUUCUACUGCUUAGCCUUCCCAACUCAGAAGGAAAAGCCAUUUGGACAGCCUACCUGAAUAUAACAUUUCAGGUGGGAAAUCGGUUCAUAUCAGAAUUAGGAGAGAGUGGAGUAUUCGGGGAUCAUUCUCCUCUGAAAAGGGUGUCUGGUGUGGUGGUACUUCCGGAAGGACGGAAUCAGAACGCUUGUAAUCCUAUGACCAAUUUCAGCAAGCCUGAACAGACGGACUCUUGGUUGGCCCUCAUUGAACGGGGAGGUUGUACUUUUACACACAAAACCAAUGUGGCAGCAGAGAAGGGAGCAGAUGGGGUGAUCAUCUAUAACUAUCCAGGUACAGGCAACAAAGUGUUCCCCAUGUCUCACCAGGGAACGAAAAAUGUAGUUGCGGUAAUGAUAGGCAACCUGAAAGGCACUGAACUUUUGUACUUGAUUCGGAAAGGAGUCUAUGUGACGAUCAUCAUUGAAGUGGGAAGAAUCCACGCACCAUGUCUGAGCCAUUAUGUCACAUCUCUGUUUACCUUCCUGACUGCCACAGUCACCUCCCUUCUCUUGUGCUGUGCCUGCAGACCUAGAGCGCGCAAUUCUUCCACCAGAAGGCGAAGACAGAUAAAAGCGGAGGUGAAGAAAGCUAUUGGUGAGCUUCAGCUGCGAGUGCUCAAAGAAGGGGACAAGGAGCUAGAUCCAAGUGAAGACAGUUGUGUUGUUUGCUUUGACAUAUACAAACCCCAAGAUGUGAUACGUAUUUUAACUUGCAAACAUUUUUUCCAUAAGGCAUGCAUUGACCCCUGGCUUUUAGCCCAUAGUACAUGCCCCAUGUGCAAGUGUGACAUUCUGAAGACUUAAACUCAGAGACUCUUCUGAAGCUGUAACUGGGUCUUUUCAACGACUAAAAUAAGAUGAAUUCUCCUGUAGCACUUUAUGUUGAGAAAAUUCAACUUCAGCUUCUCUACCCAAGUCUAAAAAAGGGUGAAAUUUGUGUGUUCAAAAUAAAACUCCAUAUCAUGUCCAGCUAUUUGAAUUUGUUGUUUUUCUAAGAAGUUUUGUUGUCUAAUUUUACCCUUAUCUAAAGAACGAUAUUAGUAUAUGUUAAGAGCAAAUUAGUCGUUAUCAAAUUACAGUGAUUGUGAUGUGGAUGCCACAGAGAAUGUAAUAAUGUUUUAAAGUGUGAUUUUAUAUUUUUAUACUUUUUUUCACCAUAUUUUUGUUAACUAAUAAUAUCUCUGCUCAGUCAGCUUCAUUAUAGGAUUAGAACUUGAUUUAAUUCUCCAUGGUUAAUUAGUUUUAUCAAUAUCUAGGAAAUCUGGUUUCCAAAGCUACUGAUGGGUAGGUAAUGUGUUCUAAAUAUUUAUUUUAGAUGAUGGCACUUUUAGUUAUGUAACUAAAAAUACUUUAUGAUAGGCCUCAUUUAGGGGCAGCAUUGCAAAAAAUCAACUUUGCCAGAGCCCUUUCAGUCCUAGCAUAGCGAAUUAGCUAUGGUAACAGAUUCCCCUUCUAGCAGUGAUCCCAGGAAUAAUUGCUUUGCUUUUCUUAAAAUGAUUGUAUCUAUUUGAGGUAUUUUGAUAACAUAGACCUAAAUCGGAGCUGAAAUUUUGUUCAAUUGCCUUUCCAAAUUGUAUAUUUUACCUUAUUUUACCUCUUCUUUUUUUCAUUUGUUUAUCUAAAUGCCUGUGUAACAAUGAAAGGCUGAAAGAUGUGGGUUUGUUUUGAUGAAAGUCUUUCCUUAUGGGUGAUAUGCUAAACCAUUAGAUAGAUGUCCAACUCAGAGAUGGCAUGUUUUAAGUCUAUAUACCCUAUGUACUACACUGUCUUUUUAAAGAGUACUUUAUGUGGAAAAAAAAUCAGAUUAAUAGCUUUUGGGAAAGAAAAGUGGUCAUUGUGACUUUACGGUUUCUCAUCAGUAUUUUCUUUUUAUGCCACUUUUGUUAAGCCCAUAGGGCUCUUUUUCUCUUCCUCUUUCAUGCCUAAGUUACAUUGUUUCACAUUUCAUGAGAAGUACUAGACCCCUUGGCCCUAGAGAGACAUAACCAAAAGUGUCAUAGCAUCCUAUACCUAGAGGACUGUCAUUUCUGUCCAAGAUCAAAAUCCAUGACUGGUUUCCUAGGUGGCGGAUAAGAACUAAAGACAUAACCUCAAAAAGUCAAUGGCAGCACCAGUGGCUGCCUG